CGAAGCUGUUCAAUCGCAGCUGGUACCGAGCUACGAUUCGUAAAGAUGAUGUGGCUUUUUGGAGUACUUUUUGGGGCGUCAUUCAAUUUCGCGCCACAGGGUGACAUACCUCCCGUUCCCGCAGAUCUGCAUAAAAGAUCACCGAAUUCUAGUCUUGUCGCAAUCUAUUCCGUCUCUGGGACGUACACGGAAGUCUACUGCGAUGAAUCAUCAACCUUUGUCUCCGGAUACCAUGCAGGAUGUUUUGCAACUGGUGACCUGACAUACAAUUUUGCUACAGGCUGCGGUUGUCUGUACGAAUGUAGCCUCUCGAAGUCGUGGACGGAUUUGUAUUUUCUCGAGGGAUGGACGACUUGUACUUCUAGCAGUUACUGUGUUACAGACAUCAUUGUGAAUGACCCGAGAGCAACGAGCUCCUACAUGUUAGUUGGUUGUCAACAACGCAGUGGUCUUAGCGCGGCCCGUACUACAAAGCACCUACUAGCGUGCAUAGAAGCAUGACGAGUGGGAGUUCAUUUACGUCACCCCAACCAUCUGCCACACCUGGCGCCUCUUCUCUCCCUUCAACGUCUAGGUCCUUACCUUCCUCAUCUUCGACUACGAUUCCUCAUCUUCCUAGCUCACUAUCAAAAUCAGGUUUAAGUACAGCGGCCAAAAUUAGCAUUGGUCUUGGUGUUGCUGUUGUCCUAGGUAUCAUUAUUACGUAUGUCAUGUUUCGGGUGCGGCGACACACAAGAAAUCAUGAAGUGUUACAGAUGGACGCGACUUCA